AUGGACCAGCCAUCUUCCGCCGAGUACUAUAACCUAGGUGACUACCGACGCAAUGUGAGCACAACAGACGAAGAUGCCCAACUCUGGUUUAGUCGGGGCUUGAUUUGGGCCUACGCCUUCAAUCACGAAGAAUCAGCCCGAUGCUUCGAAAAGGUCGUCGAAUUCGACCCGACAUGCGCCAUGGGAUACUGGGGCAUUGCCCUUGCCUUGGGACCCAACUAUAACAAGCCAUGGAAGCUAUUUGACGGAGAAGAUCUUUCCGCCACUACGACUCGCGCCCAUCGCGCGAUCCUGGAGGCGAAGCUACACGCUCCCGCUGCGACGCCAUUGGAGAGUGCUCUUAUCGAUGCACUGCAGCAUCGGUACCCCCAAGAACAGCCCGCAGAAGACUGCAGGGAAUGGGAUAAAAACUACGCCGAGGCAAUGACAUCAGUGUACCAUGAUUACCCGGAUGACCUCGACGUGACCGCUCUGUAUUGCGAUGCGCUGAUGAACCUGACACCAUGGGGUAUGUGGGACAUAAAGACCGGUAAGGCCGCACCAGGAGCAAAAACAUUCGAAGCAACAAAAGCGCUAGAUCGAGUCUUGGAACGAGAUGAAGCCCGUGAGCAUCCCGGUAUCUUGCACCUCUAUAUCCAUUUGAUGGAGAUGUCCCAGACGCCUGAAAUUGCCAUCCAGGUAGCGGGGUGGCUGCGUGACCUUGUACCAGAUGCUGGUCAUCUGGAGCACAUGCCUUCGCACAUCGAGAUUUUGUGUGGCGGGUACAAAAGCGCAGUGGAGGAUAAUACAUACGCAAUCCGCGCAGACGAGAAGUUCCUCGCCAACCAGCCCCUCGGUCAUUUCUAUAAUCUCUACCUUGCACACGAUCAUCACUUUAGGAUGUAUGCUGCUAUGCUGGGUGGCCGAUCGAAGGUCGCGCUUGAGUCUGGGGCCGAGCUCGCGCGGAUAAUCACCGAGCCUCUUCUGCGAAUCAAGUCUCCGCCGAUGGCAGACUGGCUGGAGGGCUUUGUCGCCAUGCAAAUGCAUGGAUUUGUGCGCUUCGGCCGUUGGGAGGAGAUUAUUGCUGCGGAGUUGCCGGAAGAUGCGGAGCUGUACUGCGUCACCACUGCUAUGAUGCACUAUGCAAAGGGCGUCGCGUUUGCUGCUACCAACCGUGUUUUGGAAGCAGAGGAAGAGCGAGAGCGGUUCCUGCAGGCAAUAAAACUUGUUCCUGCUUCGAGGACGAUCUUCAAUAACCGCUGCGUCGACAUUCUCGGUGUCGGUGAGGCGAUGUUGGAUGGUGAAAUUGCAUAUCGCCGUGGCGAAUACAAUGCUGCGUUUUCAUAUCUCCGGGACGCUGUUAAGAGGGAUGAUUCGUUGCCGUAUGAUGAGCCGUGGGGCUGGAUGCAGCCGACUAGACACGCGCUUGGGGCGUUGUUGCUCGAACAGAAUCGCGUUGAGGAGGCCGCGGCCGUAUAUUCUGCGGACCUUGGGGUUGACAAUUCUCUGCCUCGCGCUUUGAGACAUCCGGGUAAUGUAUGGGCUUCGCAUGGGUAUCAUGAGUGUUUGGUCAAGAUGGGUCGGAAAUACGAGGCGCGUGAGAUGUUGCCGGAACUGAAGGCUAAUUUGGCCUGGGCGGAUGUGCCUAUUAAAUCGUCGUGUUUCUGUCGGCAGACUGAGUGA